AUGGCCGAGGAUGACGAUGGGAAGAACAAAGGAUUUCGAUGUCUUCCCUUUUUGUACAGUUAUUGGCCGACCUUGCUGCGACUUCUACUGGUGGCCCUGGGAGCCCUGCUGCUCUUAGCAGUGGCUCUGAGAAGAUGGUAUGGAAUGGAAACCGAGAAUGUGAUUUACAAAGCCUCCAACAGCGGGCUGGACAUGGGCAUCAUGAACAGCCUCCGCGGCUUUGGUGGCGACGAGUUCCACUACCACCCCUUCGUCCCCGCCGUGGACGACGCUGCGGACGCUGCGAACGGCAACGGCCCGGAGGCUGACGCGCUGGGAACGGCGGUGACGCUGGGAACGGUGGAGGAAGAGGCGCCCGCUUCGGCGUUAGAGGCGGUGGAUUGGGAUGCGGGGAAUGGAAACCAGGAGGAAAUUGAAGAGGCAGAGGCAAGAGAAGUGGAGGAGACGGCCAACUUUGCGAAAAUGUACAAGAAACUCAACCCGGGCUCAGAGAUUUCUCGGAUGGCGGCGGUGCAAGUGAAGACCAAACUCUGUGGCAACUUUGUGCAGCAGCGCCUUCAGCUGAUCAGCGUGCUGCUGGCGGCGGUGUCCAUCGGAGCUCAGGUGGUGUUGCCUGAGGAGAUCGGGACUCAGAAAUUGCCAUUCGGUCAGCUGUUCGAUGUGGAAAAGAUGAAACAGCUGAUUCAGAAGGUCUACACUCGCCACUGGUGCACGCGCAGGACCUUGACGGCCCACCAGACCUGGUGCAGCAACGCCCACAUCCCCGGCAUGCUGACGGCCGCGCAGAUGGCGCAGUUCCUGGCGGAUCGGGAGAUCGUGACCGAGACGUUGUUGUUGUCGAAGAACAUCACGAACUUUCGUGAUGCUCGGGAACUUCAGAACUACGGCGACUUGGUACCGGAGCUUAGGAACUUGGAAGCUGUGUCUGGCUGUGAACGCCUUUGGAGCAAACGCUUUCCCAAUGGAAUCCGAAAGGUGGAUCUGCUCAAGGUGGAUCGUUUGGUGUCCAUCGAGGUGGACUGUCACUUCUACAAGAAGGUCCGCUUUGCAGAGCCGGCGGUGGAGUACAGGAAAUUCUGGAGCAUCACGGACGCCUUGGUCUGGAACACCAAACUUGUGAGGACGCAGGAAGAAUUCCAAAGGAAGCUCUUCCGCGACUUUGGUGCGGUGGCACGCGACAAGGCCAAGUCAUUGGGCUAUAGCCAUCCGGAGGAGCCCAAAUUUGCUGUGCUGAAACUGCCAGAUGAUCCCUGUUCCACCGCGCAUUGCCCUGAUCUCGGCAACAUUUUGCUGUCAGAGGGGGUGCAGCCCGGACUCCCCUUGUAUAUCGCCUUCUCGUCAGCGGAUGCUGUGAAGCAGUACCAAAGCAGGAUGCAGGGCGGAGUGUUGGAGACAGUCUUCACGGUGGUGACCAAAGACAUGUUGGAUCCUGGACAGCACGACGAGACCACUUGGGCAGCACUGGAUUUCAUGACCGCGGAAGGCGCCGGGAUGUUUGUGGGCCCUUCGCGGUCCAUUUUCUCGUCCUUGGUGCUGCUGUCGCGGCAGCGGAUGAAGUUCGAGGCCUUUCACUUCGAUGGGCGCAUCACGAUGCUGGAAGAGGAUGGAAUCCUGAGACCUGAAAAGUCAACGGCGGUCCCCAUGUUGAGGAGUCCCUUGAAAUGGGUGUUCUCAUUGAGUUUGGGAGCAAAAACCAGCAGCGCCUGGAACAUGACUCUGGCAGCUGUGAGAAGCGCCAGCAUCAGCCCUGAAUCCUUGGUCCCGGUCUGUCUGACCGAUGCAGCGCCCAUGUCCGAGUUGGCUCACGGGAUGGUACAGAUGGGAGUCCGAGUGCUCUACCAUCGACCCGACUGGAUGGACAAGAUGAAACCCAUCUUCAAUCGAUGGAAACGCAAGUCGGAUAAAAAGUGGAAAUUCGCAUUUCCCGACUUCGAUGGCACUCGCGGCUCCCUUUUGCGCAUCGACAUCCCCAUUGUUGGAUUCUUGGAUCAUUUUGUCCUCUACACGGAUGUUGAUAUCAUCUUCCAACGUCGCCUGAACUGGGAAACCAUCCUUCAAACAGAUGUGGAGUCCUUCAUGCGCGAAGCCACCGAAGCCACCGAAGCUGGGGAGACCAUCUAUGGAAAGCCGGGAUAUUUGGGUUUGCCAGAAUUCUUCGCUAUGAGUACUGAGUUUCAGCAGAGUUCCAAUCGAGAUAAGAUGGAUACUGGCGUGAUGCUCAUGAAUCUGCGUAAUUUGCAGGGAACCUACCAGAACUUCACGGACUUUCUCUUCGACCCCAACCGCGCUUGGGAAGCUUGGCCAGACUUUAACACCGCUGAUCCAUGUGGCUACAAGUCGUACUAUCGCAACAAAGGUCAGGGUCCAUUCAUGGCAGCUGGUGGUGAGCACCCAGAGCUGGUUGAUUCAGUUGAUCCAAAAGAGUUCAUCGUGAGUUAUGUCAGGAACUGGAAGUUCUACUGGGAGCAGCGUGAUGGUGAUGGAGAUCCAGUGAUCAUGCAUUUCCAUGGGCCCAAAUGCGCCGCCCGGCGAUCGUUGCGGCAACCGGGAUCCUGUGACACGGACAUUGUGCCCUUUGUCUUUGAAGGGGUGAUUCGCUUCGAUCAGUUCCGCAACAUGUUGGAACACUGCAACACGGGCGGCAGAUGCCAGAAGCUCUGCAAAGAGUACCAGGUGCAGCUGGGGAUUUUCGAUGCGCCAUUUGAAAAGGUUCAUUUCGUGUGCUUGGAACACCUGCAGCCAUGCUACUGA